GAGAGAGAGAAGGAGGAGGAGACCGGAGCACCGAUCACAGCGUACAGGCACUGGAUCCACAGCAACACACCGGAGAGACACGAGGAGGAAACACUGAGCAACACAACAGCAGAAACCAGAAGAAAGUCACCCGGACGGAGCAUCCUUCCUUCACCUCACCCUCAGUGUGCUGAACUCUUUCCCAGACCUGUUUGAGCCUGCAGAGAUGGGUGUCACCUCUCGCCCCCUGCUGUUGGUUUGCGCAUAUUUGGCAGCUGCACUGAUUGGUGGAACCCACUCAGAGGGGGUGUGUCUUCAAGACGGCAAGCACAAAGCCACGCCCGGCCCAGAGCCACACCUGAGGGAGUGUGGGCUGUAUGCUGAUAAUAGCUGCUGCACAGAAGACGACAUUCAGGACAUCUCCCAUGUUCCCUCUGCUAGCAAUAAGAAUGAACCCUGGGACAAAUGUGGACCUCUGAGUUCUGAGUGUGAAGGCUUCCUGAAGCGUGUGUCUUGUUUUUACCGCUGCUCCCCUGAUGCCGCGCGUUGGCCUCACCCCCACCGCCGCUCGUACAUCCAGGCCGUGCCACUCUGCCACAGCUUCUGUCGUGAUUGGUUUGAUGCCUGCAGGAUGGACAUGACGUGUGCUCGUAACUGGGCCAGAGACCCCCGGGGACAGAACUGCACUGGAACCUGUGUUCAGUAUCAGCAGAUGUACCAGCACGGCAGGGAUCUCUGUGAGAGCCUGUGGGGCGACGCCUUCAUGACAGUGGAGGAUGAGCCGGAGGACGUGGGAGAGACGGCAGAGGUCGGAGCGGAGGGUGACGGCGGUCGCCCCUGCGGCUGCCUGACCCUCAGUCCCUCGGACAAGGAUGUGAUCGCCGCCCUCAGGGCGCAGCAGGACGACCCGGAGGAGCUGGAUACCACCAAAACUGGCCUGCCUCAGUACCGGGCCCCCUGCCAGACCAAGCUGCCCCUGCAGGCCAGGAGCGGCAGGAAGGGGAACUCUGUGCUGCGUAAACGCUCGGUGGUGGUGGACGACGUGGAGGGCAGUGGGAGCGGCUUGUAGAGAGGAGUCAUAGAUGCUCAUAUAUUUAGAGAUUAUUGUCUAGAUCCUGAAAUGGAGUUGUAACGUUUCUCCCCUAACUAACCUCCACACAGACCCAAACUGUCAUUAUCAUUAUUGUCACAUUCUGCAUAUAAUCUCUAAGGUUUUAAAUGAUAUCUGGUAUCAAAUAGACUGGAAAGCUUGUAACACUUCCAGUAUACAGGUGGUCAAUUGUAUUAUUAUUAUUAUUACUAUUAUUAAAGAAAUACAUAAAAGGCAAAAUUCUUAAUUCUGCAAGGGCUCUGACUUUGAUAAUAAAUAUAUUAAUAAUAUCCCAUAAAGCUGCACAAAUGUUUUUUGCCAGCUAACAAGAUGAGCAUUUUUUUUUAAGAAGUCGUAUUUUAUUUGCUUCGCAUGGCAGAGUCAAACAUAUGUCCGACUUUGGUAUUUGGUGUGUGAAGGAAAUGUAAAGUCCUCCAGUAUUAGCACUUGUGCAUGAAUCAACCAUGUCAACAUUAACCAGAGGACUUAACCGACAGUAUUGUAAACAUGAUGUACCUCCACCAGUACUUCACUACCCUGCUUCUCUUUUUAAUCAUCUAGGUGACUUUAAUCUGUGCGUUAGUCAAUUGUUAAAUGCAGAUUUCACUGUUGUGAUGCCGUAUCGUGCAGUCUACAUGUCAUAGUGGAGAAGGUCACGCAGAGUAGGGAUAAUAAUGAAUGUAGCUCUCUAACAGAGAUUACUGGCCUAUAAGUAAGGGAUCUGGUAUGAUACUGACGAUGCUUAAUACCUGAAGCAAGGUUUAAUAUUCAGAAACAAAUCUGCCUGGCAGAGUAAAUCCGCAGAGCUAGCAGAGGUUGGUCUGGUAGUUUGAUCACGUAUAUAUUACCAAUGUACUGUGGAUGUUUCUUUUAUAAUUACGUCAUGUAUUUCUAGAGCGAGGCACUGUUAGAUGUAAAUGUUUUGUAAAAAGGGGAAACUGAUUCGUCCAAUUUAUGGCAAGCUUGCUGAGAUGGGUGUUUCUGUGCUUUACGUUCUCAAUAAAGACAAUAUUUCUAAA